AAGUAGUAAAACACCUCCAUCCCAAAUUAAGAGUCAACGCCGCCGAAACGCCACCAGGAGUGUUGACUAAUUCCGGCAAAGCUCCACCACCGGAAACAUGCCGGGUCCGGGCCCGCACAUGAUCUACGCACUCGGGUCGGGCCAGGCCCUGAUGCACGCAUCCAACGGCCGGUUCGGCCCGCACCACUGCGUCACAUACGGAAUCAACGCCUUUUUCGGGCCGGACAUCGGGUCGUUCUCCGAGUGGCUGACGUCAUCACUGGGUUUGGGUCGGGUAUUCGGAUCCUCCGUCGAGUCCUGGAUCCACGACCCGUUUUACUACCCUCUGAUUCUGGGCUUCCCUUUAUCGCUGCUCUACAGCUGGGUUUCCCGAUUUCUCCUCCACAAAGGCGUCCUCGAUUCGUUUUCUGGGGUACCCUUGACUGUGAGACAGUGCUUCUUGUUGGUCUUCGCGGGAUCUUUAUCGCACUUUUUCUUGGACCAUUUAUUUGAGGAAAACGGACAUUCUACGAUGUACACUUGGAUAUUAAGCACUGGUUGGUGGAAAACUCGAGCCCCAAUCAAUCCCGACGCUGUCGUUGUUAUCGGACUUUUGUGUUCAACUUUAAUCGGAGGCUUUAUUUACAUAUACAGAGUGAAGCUUUUGAAGAGUGCGAGGAAGCAGAAUCGCAACAGAUCGUUAGUAUUGAUUUUGGUAGUUGCGAUUGUGUACUGCGUGUGGUGUGGGACCCAGAUUUAUUUGGUCAGUCCACGUCGCCCGGCGGUGGGUGAAGAGGCCGAUCUUGGUGUGCUCGUUUUUCUUGGUGUUUUCUUUUUCUUACCUCUUUGGUUAUGCAUUUUAUCGAUGAAUAGUACAAGGGAUGUUAUCGAUUAUGCAGAUCAAGUUCCACUUUAGAAAUAAAAAAAAUGUGAAUUUUGUAUUUUGGACUAUGUACAAAGAAAGUACGACUGGCCGCGAUAAAAUUAUGCAGUUUUGUGAUGACUCAAUUGUAUAAUGGAACUCUUUAUUUUUUCAUUGCUAAUUAAUUUCCAAAUAUUUGACAAAAUUUGAUUGUAUUUGAGCUUAUUCCAUGUUAAUUAAUAUACAUUUUGGGUUUUUA